AUGGGAGAUAGUAAUAAUAAUAAUAAUAAUAACAGUGUAUUAGCAAAAGGAAAUAAGGUUUUAUUCUACGACGAUGAGUAUAUUUUCUACCAAGAAGGGAAUAUUCCGAUGGUUGUCACAUUCCCACAUAGUGGUAGAUUAAAGAUUGAAGAUAUUCCAAUAAGAAAAUCGGGAUGUAUUGACCCAGAUUGGUAUACACAAGAAUUAGCAAUUUCAAUGAUACAAUGUUUUAAUUGCGUUUAUUGUUGUUGUGGAUGUAAUAGCGAUAGUAGUGAUAAUAGCAGCAACUGUAAUAAUAGCAAUAAUAGCUGUAAAUCAAAUGAUUGUUGUGCAACCAAAGCAACAGCUAAAACAACAACAGCAACAACAAAAAAUGAAAAUUGUACAUGCUGUAAUAUUAAUUUCGACUCAAAUUUAGUAGAUUAUAAACAAGAUUGUCCAAGACCAUACAUUGUAUAUUCAAAAAUCCAUAGAGAGCAAUGUGACUUUAAUAGAGGCGAACAAAGGGCAUUCGAGGAUGAAAGAAUGAAACCACACUAUCAACUUUAUCAUAAUACAGUCAAAAGGUUUUUAGAGUCAAUUAAACAACAUCAUAAAGAAGCCUAUGAACAAGGAAAGGUUGUAUUACUAGAUAUUCAUGGACAGUCAGAUUUAAAGGAUCAUAUCCUCAGAGGAACAAAGGAUACCAAAACCUGUCAACUAUUAUUAAAAAAUUUAGGUAGAGAGGCAUUAAUUGGUGAAAACAGUAUUUUAGGCUAUCUAGAAAAGAACGGAGUGAAAGUAUUCCCAAAUAAUUUACCAUCAGACUAUACUACAGAUAAAAACAAUCAAUACUACAUCAAGCCAGAAGAUGAACUUGCAGAGAUCGAAAAGUUAAAAUCAAAAGAACCAAUGGCAUACUUUAGAGAACACCCAGAAUUUACAGGAUCAUUCACAGUAAUGCACUACGCAGAAGCUUUUUCAAUUAACACCAUUCAAGUUGAAGUAGGCUAUACAUGGAGAUCAACAAAAGAGCAUCGUACAGACUUUUCGCGUAUACUAAGAUCUUCAAUUUUGAAUUUCUUAAAUUCUUAUAAUGUAAAUUAG